CACCAAUAAACAAUUCAGGUGUUCCAGGAGAUCUGGGGCAAUAAUUGUUUUAUAACACUAUUGUUUCGCUCAGAAGAAAGCGCAUCUUAUUAUCACCUGAUUAUGACGAGUCAUAGUUAAACUCACAGGAUUCAAGGAUUACUAAAAACUGACUCAGCACUAUUUCAUACAUCGUAUGCAAACGCCAACCAAGGACAUCAUCAGGCGACAAUAAUAUCAGUGGUGUUUACAGACUAACCACCAUCACCUCGUCACGCCAAUCAUCUGUAAAUUCGUGGACCAAAGUUCCCAAAGAUGGACUUUGUAACUUCGUCAUAUGCAAAAAUCCAGGCUGCACUCGACAAAACAACAAACGAUGCACUCCCAGCCCCAUCAGCGAUAGCGAGAGCUACAAAAUCUCUGCCCCUUGCCUUGCCUGUGUCUGGACUUGGGGAGGAGUCAGCACGCGACCACUUGAUCGCGGAUAUUUGUGCUGGGUUCAAUGGACCAAAGACUUCGGGCAAUUAUUAUGGCUUUGUCACAGGAGGAAUGUUUCCAAUUGCUGAAGGUGGGUGUUCUCCAUGAUAUCUCUUCAUCUUUCAGAAUAUGUCGUUAGAUUGUUUCUUUUUUCCCUCCCAAGGAAAUUCACCUUUCUCCAGUCUUUGUUUGGCGUCAUACUCUCCAUAUUUAUAUGGGAUGAAAACACUGACUCCAAGAUCUCCUGCAUGCAGUAGCUGAUAACAUCGUAACUGCUUGGGAUCAGAAUGUCCAAGUACAUUUACCAGACCAGAGUAUCAGCACUUCGGUAGAGGAUAGGGCAUUGAGCAUGCUUUCUGGAUUACUGAGUCUGGGAGACCAAUUGAAUGGCAGGAUAUUCACCACUGGAGCAACCGCUGGAAACAUCUUGGGGCUGGCAUGUGGAAGAGAAGCAAUCAUUAACUCUAGACUUCAAGCAGCCGGAGAAAAUUCUGAAGUUGGGGAACUGGGUCUCCUGGCCGCUUGCUCAAGAGUUGGUAUCAAGGAGAUUCAAGUUUUGACAACAAUGGGCCACAGUUCGCUAUAUAAAGCUGCAAGUGUAGUUGGUAUUGGGAGAGCUUCAGUAAAGGAUAUCCCAUUCAGCAAAGACGAACCAUGGCGUAUCAAUAUUCAACUCUUGGAAUCCGAGCUAAAGCGUUCUAAGGAUGGGGUUGCCAGUAUUGUCUGCUUGAGUGCUGGAGAAGUCAACACUGGUCGCUUCGCCACAGAUGGAAUUUCAACCCUUCGAAGGAUCAGAGAAUUAUGUGAUACUUAUGGAGCAUGGCUACAUGCUGAUGGAGCAUUCGGCCUCUUCGCAAGAAGUCUCCCACCAACUCCUGAAUUUCAAUCCCUCAUUAUCUCCGCAUCCGGUCUCGAACUAUCUGAUUCCAUCGGGAGCGACCUACACAAAAUGCUCAAUGUUCCCUAUGACUGUGGCGUAUUCUUCACCCGAUCUCAAAAAACUAUGUUUUCCGUUUUCCAAAAUGCAAACGCAGUCUACCUCUCCACUGGACCAUCUUCAAUUGCCUCUCCACUCAACAUCGGACUAGAAAACUCUCGUCGUUUCAGAGCUCUCCCUGUUUACGCCGUCCUUCUAGCCUACGGUCGCAACGGCCUGGCCGAAAUGUUUGCCAGACAAGUACGUCUUGCUCGCGCUCUCUCAGCUUUCGUAGAUAGUAGUCCAGGUUAUGAACUUCUUGCCCAGGGACCUGCGCCUCCGACCUCAAAUAUGGCACCAAGCCAUCAUUAUUCACUUUCCAGUCCGCAGCCUACCGGGACCAAUACACCCAUCGAACGACCGGCUUAUGAAAACACUCAUAUCGUCGUCCUCUUUAAGGCGAAAGUCCCGCUACUCAAUGAGAAGUUGGUAGGCAAGAUUAACGCUACGAGGAAGAUGUAUGUUUCAGGGACUAAAUGGCAGGGUGAGAGUGCUGUGAGGAUUGCAAUCAGUACUUGGAAGGUUGAUGUGGAGAGGGAUUUGGAGCUGGUCAGAAAUGUGUUGCAGGGGAUCUUGAAGGAUGGUUAAACGCUUCAUCCAUACCGUUUUCUCUUGCUUCUCCUGUCUUUAUGGACCUCUCUAUCAUUCCAUACAAAAGUUUGUCCUUCUUUCUUUCUGGCGCGAAAUAGAGAGCGAGGUGUUCACAUUUGCGGGUAUAUUUCAAGAAUAGUGAGCCUUGUGUUUCUUCUCAUCAUCGAUUGACAUUUAGACAAUGAACGGUUUUAGAAAUCUGAAAUCAUUGGCCG